AUGGAGGUGUCAACAUUUGAAGAACUAUACGAAGAUGAAUUGAAGACUAUCGGUUUCAAAAAGUUUAUAAGAAGUGCUAGAGCUCAAGGUAUAGCCAAGAGAGCUCAUUUGGAUUCUUCUGAUGGGCAGGUGAUCGAUGAUCAUGAUCAGUUCUACAGGGAUCACAAGCUCUUGCUCGCGUUAUUUCGCAUCUUGGGGGUCAUGCCAAUUCAGAGAGGAAAGAUCGGGAAAAUAACCUUCGGCUGGUUAAGUGGACCGAUGAUCUACGCCUACGUUUUUUACGUAGUAACCACUGUUAUGGUCCUACUAGUCGGCUAUGAGCGGGUCGACAUUUUACUGAACAAGAGCAAAAAGUUCGACGAAUACAUCUACUCUAUUAUAUUUAUUAUAUUUUUGGUGCCGCACUUCUGGAUUCCGUUUGUAGGUUGGGGAGUUGCUAAAGAAGUUUGUGAUUACAAAAACGGAUGGGGAUUUUAUCAACUUCAUUACUAUAAAAUCGUUGGUAGGAAUUUGAAAUUCCCACAUCUCAGCACGUUAAUAGUAAUAAUAAGCUUGGGUUGUUUGAUAGUAGCAGUGAUGCUACUUCUGACUUUGAGUGCUCUUCUUGACGGAUUUACUUUGUACCAUACCACAGCUUACUUUCACAUCAUUACGAUGAUCAACAUGAACUGUGCUUUGUGGUAUAUCAAUUGUCGGGCUAUAGGAAACGCAAGUCAUGCAUUGGCGGAUAGUUUUCAGGAGGAUAUAGACCAACAUUGUUCUGCAUAUAUGAUAGCUAAUUAUAGGAUUCUGUGGCUAGAACUGAGUGAGUUGCUACAAGCUAUUGGUAACGCAUACGCAAGAACCUAUGCGACAUAUUCUUUAUUUAUGAUCACCAAUAUCACAGUUGCAAUUGAACUCUUUUUGACAGCUAUACGCCUAAAUCCACCAACAGUAUCUCUAAAAGGAUUUUCUGAUGUGAAUAGAAGAUUGGUCACAUCUAGUGUUGCUACUAUAGCUAUAUAUCUGGUAAUUUUACUUCAGUUCAAGAUAAGUUUGGUCAACCUUCACAAUCCGUAG